GAGCAGACAGUGUGAUUUGACCCCGCCCUUCUUCUGCGGUGAAACGUUUGACUGUGCCACGGCUGAAUUUUAAUACCGAAAGUGUCCCACGGUUCGUCGGUACGCCGCUGAAAUGGCUGCUGCGGCGACAGAAGAAACACCCGCACCGACUGUUGAAGAUGAUGCACCGCCCGUGGAGACAGAUACGGACAAUGGUGGAGAGAAAGAAGAGGGCCUCCCCGAACCGGAAACAGAGGAGCCACCAGGCAGUAGUGUAGAACCGAAAAUGGAAGAAGUGGACGCUGAGGUCGGUGAAGAGAAGCCCGCAGAGGCUGCAGACAAGGCCGCGAGCGAGGCGGCUGUGACGGACGACGGUGCCGUUAUGGAGGCGACAGCUGCAGCGGGAGAACCGGAGCAAGAACCGGAGCAAAAGCCAGUGGCGAAGGAAAGCCCUGGGGAUAGCAACAACGAGUCUGGGAACGAUAACACAAUAAAAGAGGCGAAGGAGGAACCGGGAGAAGACAGCCGGUGCUCGGGGAUGGACUGCGAGAAGAGCAAAACAGGUUGUGAGGAUGUGGAGAAGCCCAGCGGUGGAGGGGACGGGGAGCUGGGCGACAAGAGGCGGCCGAGCGUGGAGAUCUCAUCCUCGGAUGGGGAACCAUUGAGCCGGAUGGACUCGGAGGACAGUAUCAGCAGCACCCUGAUGGAGAUGGACAGCACGGUAUCCAGUGGGCGCUCCACCCCUGCUAUGAUGAAUGGACAGAGCAGUGCCAGCUCUUCAGGGCCUAAAACAGUGGCUUACUCCUGCUGCUGGGACCUGUGUCCACAGUGCUUCAACUCCAGUCCUGACUUGGCAGAGCACAUCAGAGGCAUUCAUGUUGACGGGCAGAGAGGAGGGGUUUUUGUGUGUCUAUGGAAGGGCUGUAAAGUAUAUAACACACCAUCCACCAGUCAGAGUUGGCUUCAGAGACACAUGCUAACCCACAGUGGAGAUAAACCCUUCAAGUGUGUGGUUGGAGGCUGCAACGCCAGCUUUGCUUCCCAAGGAGGGUUAGCCCGUCAUGUCCCCAGCCACUUCAGUCAGCAGAGCUCCUCCAAAAUGUCAAGCCAGGCCAAACUCAAGGAGGAGUCUCCCUCUAAGGCCGGCCUCAACAAGAGGAAGAAGCUCAAGAACAAACGCAGGUGCUCCCUACAGGCCAAAGCUGGACCACAACACAUGCAGACACAGACACAAAAAGCGAGGCCCCAUGACUUCUUCGAUGCUCAAACCAUGGAUGCUAUUCGGCACAGGGCCAUCUGUCUCAACCUGGCUACCCACAUAGAGAGCGUGGGCAACGGUCACAGUGUGGUCUUCAACAGCACGGUGCUUGCCAGAAGGAAAGAGGGGUCUGGCAAGGUGAAGGUCCUCCUACACUGGACACCCGAGGACAUAUUACCUGACGUGUGGGUGAAUGAAACGGAGCGAUCGCAGCUGAAGACGAAAGUGGUGCACUUGUCCCAGUUACCGCAGGACACGGCCAUGAUGCUUGACCCCAACAUCUAUAGAGCACUUCCUCAGAAGCGGCUGAAGCGCAGCCUGUAAGGACUCAUCUGUGGACUUGAUACUUAUGGGGGAAGGCUUGUUCAUAGGAAGUUUAUCUAUAUGGGAUGGGACGCUCUUCAUCUGUCUCUGCUGAAUUGGGGAAUUGAAGUGGCGAUUAAAGGAAGUAUAACUUGGCAGCGCUGCAGUUCUCCUUUUUUUUUCACCCCCUUUUCAAUUUUGUAUAUCUGAAACGACUGUUGUAGCCAAGGGCGGUGUAAAAGGGGACAACACUUUUUUUAUUUUAUUAUUAUUUUUUUUUACAAAGUUUGUGUUCAUCAACAACUCAAAUGAAUGUUUUUCUUCUUUUUUAAGCAACAAACUGAAAAAAUAUACUUCAUAGCCCAUGGUGUAAAAAGUCUUUUUGUGUAACCUUGUCCGAAAAACCGCAUAUUUUAUAACUGUAUUGUGUAAAAUAUUUAAGCAGAUUUUUAACUUAUUUUUAUACUAUUGUGUACUGUGGGGUUUUGUGAAGGUUUGAAUAGAACCGUAUUUACUGUGAUAAUCUAUGUAACUGUCAGUUUGGGGUAUUUGGACAUUACUUGUUGUAAUUACAUUGUACAUGAUAUAAGUCUUAACAGUUUAUGCUAUUUAUAAUUGCUGAGUGCAGUACUUUUACUCGUGUGUAUGACAAUGAAGUAUGACCUUGUACUGGUCAUGUCAGACUUGCAUUUAAUGCAAAAGAAAACUUUACAGGAGCAAUAACUCAGUAGUUAAGAACACUGCAGUGCAGCUCUUAAUCUUACCAGUCUGAAGACAAACAUAUGUCAUUUGACUCUAAUAUUUCAGUAUACACUUAGUGUGAAUCACACCAACCCCUCUCCCCAAGUAACAUGAACUAUGAACUGUUUUUAACAUAGCUGUUAAGAUAACCUUCAUUAUGCUUUUUUAAAUGGUGUGUUUUCUACUGUAUGAUGUACCUGUUCAACAUGGAAUACUGUGUUUGUAAUAAAAGGGGAAACAAUGACA